CAUCCGGCUCCCGCCCAUCCGGGCCAGCGCGGCGGGGCCGGGACGGGAACCAUGGCCGCGCCGGGGGCGGCGGGCGGCGGCAGGAGCGGUGCCCCCGCCGCCGAAUGGGGCGGCUUCGAGGACAACAUGCAGGGUGGCGGCUCCGCCGUCAUCGACAUGGAGAACAUGGACGACACGUCGGGCUCCAGCUUCGAGGACAUGGGGGAGAUGCACCAGCGCAUGAAGGAGGAGGAGGAGGAGGAGGCGGAGGGCGAGGCGGGCGCCGGCGAGGAAGAGGACGGGGAGUUCCUGGGCAUGAAGGGGCUGCGGGGGCAGCUGGGCCGGCAGGUCGCUGACCAGAUGUGGCAGGUGGGGAAGAGACAAGCCUCCAGGGCCUUCAGCCUCUACGCCAACAUCGACAUCCUCCGGCCCUACUUCGAUGUGGAGCCCGUCCAAGUGCGAGCCAGACUGCUGGAGUCCAUGAUUCCUGUGAAGAUGAUUAAUUUCCCACAGAAGAUUGCAGGCGAGCUGUAUGGACCCCUCAUGCUGGUUUUCACACUGGUGGCCAUUCUUUUGCAUGGAAUGAAGACCUCAGACACCAUCAUUAGGGAAGGCACACUGAUGGGCACAGCCAUUGGCACCUGCUUCGGUUACUGGCUGGGCGUCUCAUCCUUCAUGUAUUUCCUGGCAUAUCUGUGCAAUGCCCAAAUCACGAUGGUGCAGAUGCUCUCACUGUUGGGCUACGGUCUUUUUGGACACUGCAUCACUCUCUUUGUCACCUAUAACAUCCACUUCCACUCCCUCUUCUAUAUCUUCUGGUUGGUUGUUGGUGGACUCUCUACACUACGAAUGGUUGCUGUGUUGGUGUCACGCACCGUGGGACAUACCCAGCGGCUCAUCCUGUGUGGGACUCUUGCUGCUCUGCAUAUGCUUUUCCUCCUCUAUCUGCACUUUGCUUAUCACAAGGUGGUAGAAGGUAUCCUGGACACUUUGGAAGGACCCAACAUGCCACCCUUUCAGAGAGUUGCCCGAGACAUUCCAGUUGUUUCCAAUGCUGUAUUGAACACAACAGCCAAAACCAUUGCAUUGACCCUGUAGUUUUACAGACUUGGACUUGCUUCCUUCACUACUUUUGGGGCUGCAUAGGGCCACAGUUACCUGCUGCCUCUUAGGAACAGGACAGAAGAGCAAGAAGACAACUUGGUUUUAUUUUCCCGGACCUGUCUUCUGUGUUAUGGUUUUGGGCAGCUGAGUGGACUCAGCAGAGGUGAGUUGCACCUCAGUGACUCAGAAGAGCUACAUUCUUCCCCCAUCCAGGUCUGGGCUGUCUUGAGUAGAGUGGUUCUGUUGCCUGCAUGUUUAGCUGGGAUUUCCCAGCACAGUUUGUUCCUUAGCCCUCUUUCCGCUUGCUGAUGUAACUCCAGGAGUAUCUGCCCUGUUCCUGUCCUGAAGAGGGAAGAAUUAAAUUUGAUGUUGGUGCUGA